UCCAGCAGCCAAUUGGGCGGAACUCGCCGCAGCCCACCAGGGCCACCGGAGCCCGUUUCCUCCAUCUCGCCUCAGCCUCCUCUCUUCCGAUCGACCAGUCCGCAAUCAAUCGAAGCUCGUGAUGGGCUUCUCUUCAAGGGCUCCUCGUGAGAACUAACCGUUUUUGAGUGGAUCUGGAGGUGAACUCGCUAUGAAUCCGAGGAUGAACGAUCACCGUGAAUGGGCCUGAUAGAACGUUUCAGAUAUAUUUUGGUCCAUCCGAUCAGUGCACUCCGUGACUUAUGCUCAGAGUGGUGUUCAGAAUGAAGUUGCAAUUUUCAUGAUCGAGUGCCGGAACUAGGGUUCAUGGCUCCCAGAUUCAUUUAUCUUUCGUUCUGUUUCCUGUCAAUCUCAGCUGUAUUGGAGAUUUCUGGAGUUCACGGAUCCGGAAUCUAUCCGGUAGUGGUAAGCACAUGGCCAUUUCGAGAGGCGGUGCGAGCAGCCUGGAGAUCCGUCAAUGACUAUGGUUCGUCGGCUGUCACUGCCGUGGUGGAAGGCUGCUCCGCCUGCGAGGAGCUGCGCUGUGAUGGCACAGUUGGGCCUGGUGGCAGUCCAGAUGAGAAUGGAGAAACUACAUUAGAUGCUCUUGUUAUGGAUGGGACCACUAUGGAGGUUGGAGCUGUGGCUGCUAUGAGAUUCGUGAAGGAUGCCAUAAAAGCUGCGAAGUUGGUCAUGGAUUUUACAGAACACACAUUGCUGGUUGGAGAGAAAGCCUCCAUCUUUGCAAUGUCCAUGGGCCUUUCUGGUCCAACUAAUCUUAGUUCUGCCGAAUCAAUUGAGAAAUGGGUUAAGUGGAAGAAGGAGAAUUGCCAACCUAACUUCAGGAAAAAUGUCAUUCCUGCAAAAGGCUGUGGACCUUAUCAUCUUCAUGACAAUGUACUUUCUGUUCGUGAGAGCUCUUGCAAGGUUUCUGAAUUGAAUAAUGGUGAGAGCAAUUGGUUUGGAGAUGGGAAUGAUUUACAUUCCUUUGAAAGACAAUUCAAAUUUGUUAAUCGGCACAAUCAUGACACAAUCUCAAUGGCUGUAAUUGAUAAAAUGGGGCAUAUUGCUGUUGGGACAUCAACAAAUGGAGCUACUUUCAAGGUUCCAGGCAGGGUGGGUGAUGGGCCAAUUGCUGGAUCCUCCGCAUAUGCUGAUUCUGAAGUUGGUGCCUGUGGUGCAACUGGAGAUGGGGAUAUUAUGAUGCGUUUUCUUCCUUGCUAUCAGGUAGUUGAGAGCAUGCGACAAGGCAUGGAACCUAAGCAUGCUGCAGUAGAUGCAAUUUCCAGAAUAGCUCACAAGUUUCCCAACUUCGUUGGGGCUGUUGUUGCCGUCGACAAGAAGGGCGUUCAUGCAGGAGCUUGCCAUGGCUGGACAUUUCAAUACUCUGUUAAAAAUUCAAGCAUGGAGGACGUUGAAGUAUUCACAGUAGUACCUUGAAGCAGAGGUGAAUCUGAUGGCAUCAAUGGAGGCUCUAAACUACAAAAUAUUUGUUUGGACAAAAACAAUUUUAUGAAUCCACAAGGAUUUCUAUUCCAUUUUUGCCACAAAUAUUGGCUAAAUUCUAAUAGUUAUACAAACCCUGCUCUGUAUUAUGAUUAUAUAUUCUAUAGGCAUUACAUCUCCAUUUUUGUUUGUCCAA